AUUCUUUCAUUCUCAUCCUCGGCCUCCUACGGACGCGCCCAAAGCAAUCUCUUCUCAUUCUCUUAUUCGCCUUGCCGCCGCACGCUGCUUCUUCCUCCUCCGCGUCAUCGUCGCCUCCCACCCUCCCUCCUCCUCCAUCGCUAGGUCGUUUUUUUCAGGAGAUCUGCUGCUUUGUGUCCUUCCCUAUAGCAAUCAGUAACGCCCCAACGCUCCUGCCCAAGUUCCUCUUCCAGCCGUCGACAAGAGAGAAGAGGUUGAUUGGGCCAGCGAGGCAAUGGCGACGAAGGCUUUGAGCUUUGUUGUUUGUGACUUCACAGGCCGCUUUGAUGCAAAGUUCUCACCCUUUCGACCAAAACUUAUAGCUCCCACGCUCAGAUGCUCUGUCCAUUUCUCCUCUGAUGCUGCUGCCACUAGUAAGGAACAAAGGCCUUGGAAAAAUUCAGAUGCAAGACUAGUGCUAGAGGAUGGUUCAAUCUGGAAAGCCAAGUCAUUCGGUGCUUCAGGAACCCAAGUUGGUGAAGUCGUAUUCAAUACAUCAUUGACUGGGUAUCAAGAAAUUCUGACAGAUCCUAGUUAUGCUGGCCAGUUUGUGCUGAUGACAAAUCCACAUAUUGGCAAUACUGGCAUAAAUUUUGACGAUGAAGAAUCAAGAGAGUGCUUCCUUGCUGGUCUAGUAAUCAGAAGUUUGAGUAUCAGUACUUCAAACUGGAGAUGUGUAGAACCACUUGGUGAUUAUUUAGCAAAAAGGAAUAUCAUGGGAAUUUAUGAUGUUGAUACACGUGCAAUCACACGUAGACUGAGGGAAGAUGGAAGUCUUAUCGGUGUCUUGAGCACUGACAAUUCUAAAACAGAUGAUGAUCUACUUCAAAUGUCCCGUUCAUGGGAUAUUGUUGGUAUUGAUCUAAUAAGUGGAGUAUCAUGCAAAACUCCCUAUGAAUGGGUUGACCAAACAGCUCAUGAAUGGGAUUUUAGCUCCAAUGGAAGUCCUAGGGAGACCUUCCAUGUUGUUGCAUAUGAUUUUGGGAUCAAGCUUAAUAUUCUCCGGCGCCUAGCAUCUUAUGGCUGUAAAAUCACUGUGGUACCAUCCACGUGGCCUGCAUCAGAAACUUUGAAGUUGAAACCAGAUGGAGUUCUUUUCAGCAAUGGUCCCGGUGAUCCCUCUGCUGUUCCUUAUGCCGUUGAAACCGUGAAGAGCAUUCUAGGAAAGGUGCCUGUAUUUGGAAUUUGUAUGGGCCAUCAGUUAUUAGGUCAGGCAUUGGGAGGAAAAACCUUUAAGAUGAAAUUUGGUCACCAUGGAGGAAAUCAUCCAGUUCGUAACCUUCUAACUGGCCAUGUUGAAAUCAGUGCUCAGAACCACAACUAUGCAGUUGACCCUUCGCCUUUGCCAGAAGGAGUGAAGGUUACUCAUAUCAACCUUAAUGAUGGAAGUUGUGCUGGCCUUUCAUUCCCUGCUCUGAAUAUCAUGUCUCUUCAAUACCACCCUGAAGCAUCUCCUGGACCUCAUGAUUCAGAUUACGCUUUUAGGCAGUUUGUGGAACUAAUGAAGAAGGAAAGAAACAAGAAGCCGGAGGCAAAUCUACAGCAUCUGUCAACAGUGCAGGCUGUGGAUGCUUAGUGCAUGAAGUGAGCUGCUACCCUAUGAGGAUGAAACUUUAGGUGUUAGUCUGAAUGAUUUUGUGGAUGAAUUUAUCCAUCGAUGUUCUGCUAAGGUCAAUUUAGGUUUAUUGUCCUCCAUUUAUAUACCUAGUGCAAGAUUGGCUGAGAUUGUUGUAUCUUAAUCAAAUGAGGAAUUCGUGUACUUUUUGUUUGGGAUUUUUCAAUCUAGCUGCUUCAUAAUAAUCAUAAGAUAUAUCAAUGUUUCAA